AUGAUACUUAUUUAUAAGGUACCGAUCAACAAAAAUGGAAUUUUAACGUUUGAUAAAGAAUUCCCAAAAUUCUUUAGUGUAGAAUAUCCAGGGAAAAUUCCAUCAAUUGCGCCAUUUUUUGCAAAUGUGGAUAUAAGAGUGCGUAAUAAUUCAAUCAGUCUCUUUAAAUCACAAGAUAAUGAGAAACUACAAAAGGCUAAUAGUCUUGUUCGAAGAAAAUAUUCCAAAAACUUUGAAGCCACAAUCUUAUACGUGGCUACUUGGGAGAAUGUUGGAUAUUAUAUUGAUCAAAUAGAAAGGUUCAAUACUUUCCAGGCUGUCAUAAUUUGCAACUCGGAUGAAACCUAUGUCCAAUUUAUUUACCCAGAUGAGGGUAUCAAUUGGUUUAAUAGUGAUUCUGUGGAGUUUGGCGUUCGAGAUGUUCUAGCUCAAGCGGGUUUUGUUUCGGAUGAUGGAAGAUACUUCAUGAUAAAUGGAUCUGGAACUGAAAACGUUGCGAAUUUGAGUAAGAUGUCGAAUAUUGGAAUCAAUGGAGUCUUCUUAUAUCGUGUUGGUCUGCUAGGCUUUGAUUCAAAUAUUUCCGAUGAAGAUAAUAAUGGAAUUAUCAAUGAAAAUGUUUCCUUAAUGUCGUGUGCCGAAACUGGUCGUGCAACAUGUCAUUCCUCAGCUUCCUGCAACGAUAAAACUAAAGGAUUUUAUUGCAAGUGCUUUGAUGGAUUCUACGGAAACGGGCUUUCAUGCAUCGAAAAUACAAGGAUCAUCAGAAUUUCUGGAUCGCUAAGUGGCCAAAUUAAUAAUCUUACUAUUGAUAGGGAUGUGAAAGUUGUAUCAAUAAUAAGUAUGGAAAAAGGUGUUAGUGAAACUGCCAUCACACCAAUCAGUCACAUAUUGGAGGGCCAGUUAAAGCUGGCUGUACCAGUUUUCAGUUCUUUUGGCUGGCUGGUUGCAAAACCACUAUCCCCGAAAUUUAUGAAUGGCUACCAGUGGACCGGUGGUAAGUUCGUUCACAGCUCUGAAUUGAUUUUCGAGUCUGGUGAGAUCCUACACAUCAAUCAAACAUUUGAAGUUAAUGAUCGUACGCAGACAGUUAAAAUCGAUAUAAAUGGAUUCGUACCGAAGAUCGAGUAUGACGAAGAAAUUGAAAUUCCGGGUUAUACCAAAGAAUUAAAAUUUGCAUCCCCGAAUAAAAUUUCAUCAACAGUAGAACAUUAUGUUGAGAUUCCUUCGAAGAACAAAACUAUUAAAUUUCAGUUAAGUCAAAACAGUUCCUUUGAAUCCUGCAACUCAUGUUACAGCAACGAAAUCGAUGUCACGAAAAUGACUUCUCUUGAAAAAGUUUCUAGAACUUCUUUGAAAUUAAUUUCAGUUCUGUAUACUUAUUCUCUACGUAGUACUAAGAUGAUUACAAAAAUUGGUGAUGACGAUAUAUUGAACCCUUGUAGCUUAGCAAACUGCUGGAAAUUUAGUAGCUGUGUUCCAGAGGAAGAUUCUUAUAAAUGCGUUUGUGUAAUUGGAUUGGAGGAGAAUGUAACGGAAGAUGGUGUCGAGUGCGUCGAUAUUGACGAAUGCCAAACCGGAUUAGAUCGGUGUAGGGAUGAUGGUUACUGUGUUAAUUUGUUUGGUGGAUAUGUAUGUAAUUGUAAUAACGAAGACGAGUCUGAUUGCGUCCGUGAAUUUGAGGAUGAUGAACAAGGAGAAGAUUGUUAUGACAAUCCAAAACUAUGCAGCGAUCAUGGUUCCUGUAUACGAUCAAAUAUUGAUCGAGCGUUAUUUGAGUGCAAAUGCAAUCCUGGUUACAGCAGCGAUAACAACAGAAAUGUUUGCGAGAAAGACACCUGUAAACAAAACCCAUCUUUGUGUCAUCAAAAUGCUAACUGUCUCUCGAUUAAUGGUACAAAUACCUGCGUUUGCAAGACUGGAUAUCAAGGCAGUGGAACUACAUGCAUAAAAACUGAAUUUCUUCUUUCAGUUGAUCAUAGUGGUAUACAGCGAUUAUCUUUUGAUGGAAAACUUAUAUCUGUUGUUGAAAAUAUUGAUGUCAAUGGAUUAGACAUAGAUUGCAUUAAAGGGCGAGUCUACUAUUAUAAGGCAUGUGAUAUCUUUAGCGCUAAUUAUGAUGGUACAGAUAGUCGUUUAUUUAUAACUGAAGCAAUAGAAGUCGCCAGUUUAAACAAUCCAAAGAUGAGAACUGUAUUGGUGGCCGACGAAAGUUUGGAUUCGUUUAAAAACUUUGUUAUCGACCCAAUUAGAGGAUAA